CAUCGCCAUAUCAACGACCUCCUUGGACUCUCUGCAGAUUUAGCAGGCGUUCUGUUCGAUGGGUCGCAGCAUACCAUUCCUCUAGCGGCUUCGGGCUCUGUGCAACUUUCCGCAUCGAUUCCCGCCAGCUCCUCGUCGCCCUCCCCGUCCGCCGCUCCCCACAUGUCUCGUCCCCGGUUAUAUCAUCAGCUUAUGAUUUUCGGCGCGCGGCUUUCCUCUUUUUGUCCCGGAUUUAUAUCCCGAGAAGUCGCACGUACCAGUCUUCUACUCCAUUCGCAUUAGGAAAUCGAUUCCGACAAUAUGGCAACAGCGAUCUCCAAAACGACCUCUCAUCCCCCUAAGAUGAAGCGGCCGCCCCCGCCUUUCGUUCAGACUGGAGUCAACGGCGUCAAGCCUCAGCCUUCAUCUUUCUCCCCCCCCAGUGUGUCAAAGCGCCUUCCCGGUUCGGGUCAGCAGACAUCAGCAAGUUCUACCAGCAAUCCGGUCUUGAAUGGCGUCAAUGGCGCGGCAAGCUCGAGUAACGCCCCCGGCAAGGGCCUGUUAGGUCGGCCUAAGAAAGAAGCGCAACGGCCAGGUGAUCAGGGUAUGAAGGUGCAAAGGGCAUUACCGAAGACCUCAUCCCUUGACACUGAUCGUCGGGCGGGUAAAACGUUCCCUGAGCCAUAUGUUAAAACCACGUCAUAUAUCUUGAAGAAAUUCGGCAAAUACGCUCCAUCCCUAAUCCUUCACCUCCACCCUACACACUUCCGCUUUGAACAGCAAGACGGAAGCUUCCCAUACAACUCUGAAAUGAAAGUGAUCAUCGAACAUAUCCGUGCUGGAACCGUUCCGCAUGAUAUGAUAGAGGAACUCCUGCGCGCAAAUGUUCGCUUUUACGAGGGUUGUCUCAUUGUGCGCGUGGUCGAUCAUAAGUCAGUAUCUGCGCAAACCAGGAAGUCUACAGCGCCGUCGUCUAAUGAAAAUAACACGCCAUUUUCCAUUCACAAUUACAAUGAACAUAUUACGCCGUCGGCAUAUGUACCGUACCCAAAACAAAACCAGCUGACGUCUGAGAAGGCCGUUAGCAAGGAGGCCUCCGCAGCAGGUCAAUCGGAUUCUAAAGAUAGCGGAGAGCACCCUAGCCAAUCCGAGGAUACUUCUGGCGAAAAAGGGACAACGUCUACUCAACAGAAACAAGCUUCCCAUAGACCCCGUGUGUUUACAACUGUCCUUCAUCCCACUCCGCGUUCACUUCAGGCAGAGCUCACUCUCCUUGCGACCACCCCCGACCCCAGAACUGCAAAACAGGCAGCGGCUACUUCCCGUCCCCAAGCGUCAUCGUCCGCCGCUCCUUCAUCCCCAGGUGCAUCGACAGCUCAGCCUGAGCGAGGACAUGUCGCAAAGCGACAGAAGAUGCUGGUUGAGCCACAGGAACUCUUGGAAUGCGAGUCUAAAUUGACAAGAGCCCUAGCACCCCCACUCUUUUUGGACCCUGUGGAUAGUUUGGAUGGAGUACACGAGCUAUUGAAGUACAUGGAGAGCCCGCUUCACCAUGAUCCUCCGCCUUCGCCCAAGAGAAGGAAGCGUACAGUUGCGGAACUGGCCGCCGACGAAGCACUGGCGGCGGAAGAGGAAAGAUUUAUGCUCAUCAUGGACGAGCGUUUGGAGCCCACUACGUCGGGAGGCGCUGGAGGCCCGAAAUCUGCUGCUGUGGAUGACACAGGUGGUGGUGUAUCUUUUGAACCUCGUUUCUCACGGUUCAAGACACUCGAGAACAUUCGCAUGCAGCACGAGGAGAAGGCUAAACGUGAGCAUGAGAUUAAAUUGAAGCAAGAAUUAGCCAAGAGACAGCAGCAAGAGCAGGAGAGAGAAAGGCGUAGGCAAAUGGAGCAACGACAAGCUGAAGAGCAUGCGAAGGAAGAAGCACGACGACAACAUAUUGCUGCUCAGCAAGCCCAAGCGCAGCUUGCAGCACAGCAACAUAAUCGCCAUGUCAUGGCUCAGGCCAACGGAGUCAGUCAAGCACCUCAGUCGUCCCCCGUUGUCCGUAACCAAACACCUCACAAUAUCUCCUCGCCGCUUGUCGGAAGUACGAUGGUCACUCAAGCUGGUGUCCCUAUGGCUAUGACUUCUUCUAUGCAGGGCGCUGGUAGCCCGCCAAGACCUCCAUCAGCUUUACAGCACGCCCAUCCGAAUGUAAUGAGCCACCCCAUGGCACCAUCCAGAAGUCAACAAGGACAAAGCAGACACGGUACGCCACAAAUGACACAGGGAACGCCCGCCAUGUCCCAAGCAACUCCAAUCAUGCGCAAUGUUACACCUACUCAACGCAUGAGCCACGCAAGUCCGCCGCGGUCCUCAAUGGCUCCAACUCCAGUGAUGAAUCAAGCUAUGAUGGCAACCCCACAAAUGGGCGGAGUGACGCUCACGCCACAGCAACAACAGCAGAUGCUGAUGCAACAAAGACAGCAACUCCUUGCUCAACAAGGGCAUCUAAACCACAGCCAACUGACCCCACAGCAAUUUGCUCAGUUACAAGCAAACAUGCACGCACAGCAAAACAUUCAGGCUCACCAACAGCAGAUGAUGCAGCAACAGCAGCAGGAGAACCCUCAGGCCCAGCAACAAAAGUUCCAAAACCCUCAGGCUUACCAGGCCCAGCUUAUGCGAGCCCAGCUUGCGCAGAUGCAGAUGGCGCAACAGCAGCAACAGCAACAGCAACAGCAACAGCAACAACAACAACAACAACAACAACAACAACAGCAACAGCAGCAGCAGCAGCAACAACAACAACAAGGCCAGCAGGCUCAAAUGCACCAGGGCAGUCCACAGAUGAACCCGCAACAACAACAACAGCAGCAGCAGCAGCAGAUGUUGAUGGCAGCGGCGCAAGCAAAUGGUGGCCACCUCCCGCAAAACAUGCAAGGCAUGGCUAUACAACCUGGGGCAAAUAUGGCGCAGCGCUACAAUCAAAUAUAUCAACAACGUUUGUUGCGAUUACGACAGGAGAUGGCUAGUCGUUUGAUGCCUCAAUAUGGACCACCUACACAAUAUCCACCCCAAAUUGCCCAGCAAUACACUCUUGGGCUCGAACGAAAUGCUAAAGCCUAUGUCCAAGAGAUCAUACGACGGGAACGAGAUGCUGCUCAACAGCACCGUCAAGCUGCAGCUGCAGCACACGCCCAAGCAGUUCAGCAACAGCAACACAACAUGAUGCAAAACGGAAUGGGGAAGUAACUUUUUCACUUUGAUGUUGAUGACUAACGGUUUGGAGGUAGCAAUAUUUUUUUUUUUUUUUCGAUUCACCCUUUUAACCUGAACUGAAAACAUUUAUGCCUUUCUCUUGGUGACUUUGGCGACCCCAUGGUCUAAUUUGGAGCGGACAUGUUGUGUUAACUUUUCCACAUCUUUUGUUCUUAUUCGUUUGGAAGCUGUAUACAGGACACCCCCAGGAUUUGAGAUAAAAAGAGGCCGGCGUUUUUUUUUAUCAUGGUUGCCGUUUCAUUCUUCUCUCACACCUUUUUUCCCAUUUAUAUUACCUUACCUUAUCUUUACACUUUUUGUUCUGUUUUUCAUUCUCAUUUAUGCUACGUUUUGGCGAUUGUAUUAUUGGGAACGGAUUGGAAGGGAGCAAGAACCAGACUUGAUACCAUUUUUGUACAGGUGUCCCUUGGUGCGUUAUGGCAGUUUGUUUUCAAUAUCAGAC